AUGGCUUGGACCAUGCCCGACCCCCCAGCUGAGGCCCUCACCCAGGUGGCUGCAUGUGGCGGUGGGGCCUACGGGGCAGGUGCAGCGCUGACGGCGGGGAGGACAGAGCUCAGGCUGAUGGCGGCGGGGGGGGGGGGGGCGCGACCCCGAGGACCCAGACGGCCGCACCUGCCGGGCUCUGGUAGCGCACUUGGGGCGGACCAGCCCUCUGACACCGCCCCAGGGGGACACAGGAGGCCCGAGGCCUGGGGCCGGCCGCGCGACUGGGUCCAGGGGACAAGGGCGAGGAAGGCGGUGGUGAGUCCCGCCUGCACCUGCUCCGGCGCAGUCACGGAGACCCCGAUGCGCCUUGGCCCGGGCUCCCAUCAGCCGGUGGCGCCGCUGCGGAAGGUGCUGGAAGAGGCCCGCGCGCAGGACCCGCUGCCCCGCGGGCCGCACAGCGCGGGGGUCAUGAGGGCUGCGGGGCCUCGGCCCGGGCUCGGACACGCUCAGGUGUGCACACCCCUGCGCGGGGCUCUGACACCCUCAGGUGUGCACACCCCUGCCCGGGGCUCUGACACCCUCAGGUGCACACCUUGUGCCCGGGCUCAUUCCGAGGGAACAGGGGCCACUUGGACGAACAAGACGCGGCGGCCAGUGCGGGCGGCUGCUGUGCGCACCCCGAAGGCGAAGCCCCCCGCCCCCCCCCCCCGCCCGGACGAACUGGGGCCGCCGCCGACCCGGGCGACACGCGAAGGCCGCGCUGUGGUGCGCAGAGCCCGGGGGGCAGCAUCCGCCACAGGGACGAGGUGUCGGCCCCUUCAGCCCCGGGCGCCGGGGAACAGCAGCGGGGACACCAUCUGGGGACCACCUGCUGAGCCGCAGGCUCCCGGGAUGGGCGACCCGGGGCGGGGACCGCGAAGGAGAGGCCGCGCAGGUGCAGGUGCGCGCGGGACGGGACCCCCACCUGCCCCGGGGCCGCUCAGGGCGGAGAACGGCGGGAGCCGGGUGAGAACCCAGACAGGGCCUGGGACCUGCACGCACCGCGGCGCCCAGGCGAGCCGCUGUCCCCAAGGAGGAGCCGGAGGACGCGCUGCCCCCGUGGCCUCCCGACCCCGCGGGCCACGGUCACCCCCGGUCCUGGGAGGGGCGCGAGGAUGUCCAGGCCCGGGCGGGGGGGGUGCGGAGGUGGUCGGGCCCCUGCCCAGGGCCAGCUGCUGUCGGGAUCCUCCUGCAGGUGCUCGCUCCACUGCUGAUGUCACCUCCUGGCAUCGUCCUAUGAGAUGCUCACCUGUGUGUCCGUAA